AAUUCGUACGUUCAACGUGCCACACGCAUUAAGCAAUUAGAAAAGUAUCGAACGGCGCAUAGAAUUUGAAGAACAUUUUACGAAAAUGUGCCAACAACAGCAACAAUUAGCAGCGGCUCAAAAUAAGGCCAACAACAAAGCAAAUGUCGAAAUGCAAGACAACAACAAGUCGAGCUAUAGCAUUAAGCGUGUCUUGCAGACACUCUUCCGCAACAAACAACAACAAAAGCAACAGAAAUUUCAAUACCGCCACUGCCACCAACGACAGCGCUUGCAAACACAACAACAACAGCAGCAAUAUCCAUAUCAGCCACAACAACGGGUAUGGAACUCAUUGGAAUCUUUGGAAUCUCUAGAGAAUCUGCGCAAUGCGCAAAUGGAAGAACAACCUUACUACGAAGAGAUCGAAGACAAUUCAGCCAAUGAGAAGCUAGCCGAACUCGUACAAGAAGAGAUGGAUGCACAAGCGGAGCAUGACAUCUAUGUGCCCGUACGUUUUGCACGCACCGAAGCGGGCACCUUUUUCUGGACCACCAAUCUGCAGCCGGUGUUGAGCAGUUUCACACCUGUAGCCGCCGAUGAGGACCUGCUGCAGCCCAGCUAUUGCUACAGCAAUGAACAAUAUCCGCAUAUGCAGUAUCCCCAACAUAACGGUGAUCGUUGGGCACAAGCUUGAGCUGAAGUGUCUCUCUUAUAGACGCUUAACAACUGUGGUGUUUGCGUGGAAUUACUGUGACCCGAGCUUUAGAUAUUUGUGAUACUCGUUUGUAGCGGCUGAAGUACUUUAAUUAACUCGUAUUCACUACAUAUAGUUAUUUAAUCAACGCGCUUCCAAUAUAGUGUUUAAGUUUUGUAAAAAAAUCUCAAGUGGUGCUCAGCCAAGUUUAGAGAAUUUGUAUGCUUAAUUUUUGUAUUAUUAUUAUUGAUAUUAUUUUUAAAUUUAAUUUCCUAGUUACUAAGUAAGAUUUUUGUGAUAACGAAAGGCUUUAUUUUACUUUAUAAUUUUUUGUAACCAACAAAUGAGAAUUACUUGUAAACAAACAUUUUCAAAUAGAUAAUUCGUUUUUGAUAAACGCUAAGAAAACAUGAAGUAAUCGAUUUGUUUUUUUCAGCUUGAUUUGUGGCACUUGAUUGUUGUGCGGUGUCUGUCCUGUGUUAUCGGGAAUUUUCUUGUCUUGUUCGAUUGCCUUGAUUUGUUGAUUAUAUCUAUAUUACCUAUUCUGAAGUAUUUUGCUUACAAUAUUUUGCGAUAGUACUUUGCUCUGCAUUGCAACUUUGAAUUAGGAUCUUAAAUCGAAAAUGUAAUACUUUUUUAUACCACAAGCAGAAAAAACUUAUUAUGUAUGCAGCUCGGAUCAGAUUUUCGUCUUUUCGAACAUACAUAAAACCAAUAUUCGAAUCAGCUGUUUACUAAUGUAACAAAUCUUGUGAAUGAAUAAAUUUGGAAGCAAUUCUAAUAAAGUUUACAAUGA